UUCACCCUAGUUUUUAUUUCAGUAUAUAUGAGUCUUUCAAGGCUAUGAAUUUGCAUUUCAAUUAAUCGGAUGGAUUUAAUGACGGAUAGUGUGAACGAAGAGAUUAUUGUGGUGGGAUUGCAUUGCCGUCUAAGUACUUGUGGUAUAGUCUUCCUGCGCAGAGAGCGGAUGCGAUGACAGCCACCAGAGAUGCGAUGGUCAACAUAUUGAGUAUCUAAACCAUCCUCAGAAAUUUGAACCAUAGAAAAAGCGGACUCUUGACAAUCUCUGCGUUGCUUUCCCAGGAGUGGAUGGGUGAGGGUUGAUGAGAUGACUAAGCUGAGACUCAAUGCUCCCAAUCAUCUAAGCCGGGGUGCUUCGUAUCAUCGUCACUUACGCCAGACCUCCGACGCAAUCUGGCCGGAGAGCUCCAGCUGCAUAGCUAGUCACAACACCAACAGCCAUGGCGAACAGAGGAUAUGAUGUCGUCGUUGACGUUGAUCAGGAGGGCGACCUAGGCCAUACGGACCUCCGCGAGGACCUCGAAUUCCACAGCUCCAACUUCGACAAUACCCCCGACUCCCGCAACAAAAUCCAACCCGACACCGCCACCGCCGGCUUCCUCCCACCCCCCGCCUCCUCUUCCUCCUCGCGCAAACACUACCUCUGGACUCUCUCCUUCUACGCACAAGCCUUCGAUGUAGACACAACCUCCGUCAUCCACCGCUGCACCGCAACCUUAUACCCGCGCCAAAACUUCCUCGACGUCCUCGAAGGCAACCCCGAUCUUUACGGCCCGAUAUGGAUCGCGACCACCGUCGUCGUCAUCCUCUUCCUCACGGGCACUAUCAAUCAAUACCUCGCGCACCAGGGCAAAGACCACUUCGCCUAUGAUUUUAAGCUGCUAAGUGGGGGUGCUGGAAUGGUGUAUGGAUAUACGGCUGUGGUGCCUGCUGCGUUGUGGGCUGUGCUGAAAUGGUACGGGAGUGAGAGCGCGAAUUUGCUCGAGUGUGUUUGUCUGUAUGGAUAUGCAAAUUUGAUCUGGAUUCCGGUGGCGUUGAUCAGUUGCAGUCCUAUCAAUAUCCUCAACUUCGUAUUCGUAGCUUUGGGCUUUGCUGCGUCGGUCUUCUUCCUCCUCCGCAACCUCUACCCCGUCCUCUCUUCCACCGAAGCCAAGACUUCCAAGAUUCUGCUCGUUGUCGUACUAUUGCUGCACGCGGGCUUCGCUAUCGCCAUCAAAGUGCUGUUCUUCGCUGCUACGAGUCCCGUGGGACCGAAGGAUGGCGAUGGUGCUGGGACCGGCGCGGAUGCGGGCGGGGAGGGUGAGAAGAAGGGGGAUAUGCUUGUGAGGAUGUUGAUGGGCUGA